AUGGAGAGCAGUCCCAGCAUGAGGCCUGUGUCAUCGGCACCCUCAGUCGCGGAGGGAUUCUCACCUCUCCGUGAAGCGCUAUUCGUCAUAAUCGUCUGCAUGGCCCAGUUCAUGACCCAAACAAACGUCGGGGUCUGUCUCUCCCCGCUAGACAUUCUCGGAAGGAGCUUUGGUAUCGAUGAUCCCGGCAUCCUAAGCUGGUUUCUCGCUGGGUAUUCAUUGACCGUUGGUACAUUCAUCCUGGUCUUCGGCCGAUGUGGAGACCUAUUUGGCUACCGGCGAGUUUUCCUCUCCGGGUUCAUCUGGCUUGCUGUAUGGUCUCUAGUGGCCGGAUUCAGUGUAUAUUACAACCACAUCUUGUUCAUCGUUGCGCGCGUUCUGCAGGGUAUUGGGGGCGCUAUGAUGCUGCCCAAUGCACUGGCUAUUCUGGGUGCUACUUAUCCACCUGGAAGGAAGAAGGCUAUGAUCUUCGCUCUUUUCGGGGCUGUUGCUCCUAACAGUGCCGUCUUGGGAGUCGUCUUCGGGGCGAUAUUCGCGCAACUUUCUUGGUGGCCCUGGGCGUUCUGGACUCAGGCUAUUGUUUCCGUUGUUUGUGCCAUUAUAGGCUUCGUUGUGGUGCCUUCUAUUCAUCAUGAUAUUCCACAUGAUGUGAGCACAUUUAUUGGUAUCCUGAAGGCACUCGAUGCCCCUGGUGCUUUCUGCGGAGUUGGAGGAUUGAUACUUGUGAAUAUUGCGUGGAACCAGGCCCCCGUCGCAGGCUGGAGCACACCAUAUGUUUACGUGCUUCUGAUUAUCGGCCUCCUCUUGAUUGCCGGCUUCUUCCUCGUCGAAUUCCGCUAUACAGAACAUCCCUUAAUCCCAUUUCACGCCUUCAGUCGCGAUGUCUCAUUCGUGCUGGGCUGCGUUGCUUGUGGAUGGGGCGCAUUCGGCACAUGGAUUUGGUACUUCUGGCGCUUCCAGAUGGAGUAUCGCCGCACAACUCCACUCCUAGCAGCCGCGGAAUUUGUACCAGCUGCACCGAUGGGUAUUGCUGCCUGUUUUAUCACUGGGAUCCUUAUCGCUCGACUGCAGCCGGGGUGGAUCAUGAUCAUGUCGAUGACCGCCUUUACGCUCGGCAAUAUUUUCAUUGCCAUCACGCCAGUGGAUCAAACAUACUGGGCCUUGACGUUUGUCUGCCUGUUGGUGAUUCCAUGGGGGAUGGAUAUGUCGUUCCCUGCCGCUACCUUGAUGCUCUCGAACUCUGUGGAAAGGAAGCAUCAAGGCAUCGCGGCAUCUCUAGUGACUACAAUCGUCAACUAUAGUAUUUCGCUGAGUCUGGGAUUUGCAGGCACGGUAGAGACGCAUGUUAAUAACGGAGGAAUGACUCCGGAGGAUACAUUGAAGGGCUAUCGGGGAGCACUAUACUUCUCCACCGGCCUCGGUGGCUUGGGUAUGGUUCUCAGUGUUAUAUUCACGCUGAAAUGUUACUGGGAAGAGAGGAGGCCGAAGUCGGUCGAGAAAGAAAAGUGGCCUGAUGAGGCGCCCUCAGCUGAGGGAUUUUCGGGCGAGUAA